AUGGAUAUGAUAGGGAAAAUACAUCCUCCCUCUUCGAAGCACCAUUAUUUUAUCCUAGUGGCUACAAAUUACUUCACUAAGUGGGUUAAAGCUAAACCAUAUAAAGCUGUGGAUCAAACUGAGGUUAUUGGAUUUAUUAAAGAUCUGAUCCACAGCUUUGGCAUCCCAGAGACCAUAACUAUAGAUAAUGGGAUUGUAUUUGAUGGAAAGAUGUAUCGGAGGAAACCAUUCUUGGUGAUAGGUCUUUGUAAGGCUGCGAAUGGGAUCCUUGAGAAUGAUGUCAGCAAUUCCAAACAGGUGCCCAAGUCCAGUGGAGGUGAAGAAGCCCUACUGAUAGUUGAAGAGCUCUCAAAAAUUUCCAAGAAAGAGUAA